UUGUCAGUUUUCGUUUGUUAACUGUCCUUGAAACAAUAGGGGUUUAUUAAUGAAAACCUUAAUUGAAAAGGGUACCGUAGGUUAUGAGAAGAUAAACUAUUUUCUUUUGAUUGGCAUAAGUGCAAAAUCGAAUUGUAGAAAUCGUAUCCGUUCUACUUGGUUGGUGGCAUAACAUAUACAACAACUGAACAACAGCUACAUUGUGAUGACUGUUCUGCAAGAUCCUAUAAAGAGCGCUAUUUGGCAUUGUCUGAACCAUUAUGCCUACAAAGAUGCCAUGUUUUUAGCAGAGCGCCUGUAUGCUGAAGUUGCAUCAGAUGAAGCAAUGUUUUUGUUAGCAACUUCAUAUUACCGAUCUGGUAAACCAAAAGUCGUCCAGAUCUUAUUGGAGAAACAUGGAAUGCGGCAACCUGAAUGUAAACUUCUGUAUGCUCAAGCUUGUUGGGACCUCGAGAAUUAUGCUCAAGCCGAACAUGUGCUUGCUGGUGGGUCUAUAAAAUUUAAAUCUAUUGUAAACAUUGUUUCUGACGUUCAAAUGGAAUAUGGUGAUUCUGCUUCCUUUGCUCUGUCACUUCUCGGUUGUAUAUACCAACACACAGAAAGAGGUGACUGGGCUGAGUACUGCCUCACUAGCAGUCUCAAGGCAAACCCUUUUCUGUGGUCUUCGUUUGAGCAACUGUGUGAAGCAGGAAACACGCCAAAUAUUGACGAGCUUUUCCCCUCCAAUGUAUGUGGCACAUCUGAGUUCAAAACUCCCUAUAUUUCAUCGUUUAAUAUGUCCCUGCAACAAACCCCACAAAUAGUUCAAGCCAGAAGGAAAAAAGGAAACACAGUUAAAAUAUUAGCUCCAAGUCAGGUAGGAUCCAACACUGAUCGAGCAGAUCCAAAUACUUCACUCUCACCAACUCUAAUUCCAAUGCAAACACCAGAUCAAUCUCAUCCAACACUUGGUUGUCCUAUGGUGCAGACAACACCAUCUUCUGAAGACACACGUGGUCUAGACCGUACAUCUUCAUGUAAAGAAAGAUCUGUUGAUCAAGACAAUUCGGAUUUUCUACGAUCAACUCCAUCUGAAAAUCAAUGGGACAGCUCAGUUGAUUCCUACACUGGCCUUCAAUCUCGUAAAAAGCACAGUCGUACACAGCAGCGAAUAUCAAGAAGCUUAAUGGGAGGUCCUGCAGCUCUAAGUCCUUUAACACCCAGUUUUGGUGUGAUGCCUCUUGUUGAGACUCCAAGUCCAGCUUGGGAGCGAUCAGUGACCAUGAUCACUCCAUCAGAGCUCACUGCACCUCCAAUGGAUAUCAAUCCUCCAGUUAAAAAGAUGAUAACAAGACAAUCAAGGAAAAAUGAACUUACCAACGCAACUGGAAAACUUCUUUUUUCAUCUGAAAACAGCCGUCGUAGUCAGGAGGUACAAAUCUCAACAAGCGAGGCCCCGUCCGCACUUUCCUCCACACGUAGAAGUACACGAAACUAUUCAAACACUGGCAGUUCUGUCAAGGAGAAUACAAAAAAGACGACGAGAGGAAAGCAAGCUCAACCUAAAGAUGUUUUAAAGAGAAACACCCGUCUAAGACACACUAAACCCUUAAUAUCUGAUGGAACUGUACGAGAUUUAUCGGAAGAAAUCAACAAAGUGGAUUCUGGUUGUGAAAAGUCGCAUUCAACCACUACCAAUGCUACACAAGUCUUGUCCGCACAGAAAGCUGCAAUUGAUGGAUUAAUGUCACUCUUAUGUGACAUGGGCAAGGCACUGGUGGCCUUAUGUCACUAUGAUUGUAGAAAAGCGAUUUCCUGCAUUGAAUCUUUACCUUCAAAUCAGCGUGAUACAUGUUGGUCACUCUCACUACUUGCACGUGCCUAUUUUGAAAUGACCGAAUAUAAAAAGGCAGCAAAGACAUUCAAUGAACUACGUUCCAUGUUUCCUCACCAAGUAUCUGGAUUGGCUCUCUAUAGCACCACCUUAUGGCAUUUACAAGACAACAUCGCACUGUGCACUCUUGCCCACGACCUUAAGAAUGUUGACCCCUUGUCUCCAGAGACAUGGUGCUGCAUAGGAAAUUGCUUCUCCCUCCGCCGUGACAAUGAAAAUGCCAUCAAAUUUUUCGCAAGAGCCGUGCAGCUUGACACACAUUAUGCAUAUGCUCAUACACUACUAGGUCACGAAUAUGCAUAUAGUGAUGACAAUGAUCGUGCCAUGGCAAGCUAUAGGAGGGCUAUACAUUGUGAUAAAAGGCAUUAUAAUGCAUGGUAUGGAAUUGGAUCUAUUUAUUACAAACAAGAAAACUUUUCUCUUGCUGAAAUUCAUUUCAAGAAAGCUUUGUCCAUCAAUCGAAAAAGUUCUGUGCUGUUAUGUCAUUUAGGGAUUGUUCAGCAUGCACAGAAGCGUUCCUCUGUUGCUCUACAAACCUUAGCAAACGCACUCACCUUAGAACCACGGAAUCCACUCUGCAAGUUCCAUCGUGCCAGUAUUUUAUUUGCCACUGAGCAACACAAAGAAGCAUUAAAAGAAUUACUUGAACUGAAACUAAUCGUUCCAAAAGAAAGUUUGGUUUAUUUUCUUAUAGGAAAGGUUUAUAAAGUCCUUGGAGAGAAUCACCUUGCAAUGAUGAAUUUCUCAUGGGCUCUUGACCUUGAUCCGAAAGGAAUCAAUAACCACAUCAAGGAAGCCAUUGAUAAACAACAAGGAGCAGAUGACGGCUUUGACAGCAGUCAUCUUGGUUCACAAACACGAGAUGCAGAUGAAUCUGGAAGCACUGCUGACAUUAUGAAUUCAAUAAUAGAUGAAGUAGAAUCUACUGAACACGAAAUGCUUGCUGAUAGUGAUGAGAGUUUAUGAUAUAUUAACUACUCUAGUAAUAUUUGAAACUGUUUCGCAUCAUCCGCCCACUGCGAAUUACCUCUUUAUCUGCUGAGAAUUUUUCAGCUGAAGUGAAAAAUACAGAAAUAAAUAAAGUGUAGGAAAUUACCACACUGUUCAUUUAUAGAAAAAAACAUUUAAUAAUAUGUCAUGCAAUUUGGAAGUACAACAGAUAUAAUAAACUCUGAAAGAAACAAAGGCAA